CACGUCUGCGUUUCGUCAUGGCUGCAAAGGGAGGUUUUUCUCUCUUUAUUGUUUCCUGUGCAGCCUUGGUGUUGAUAAAGUGCUGCAAGGCUCAGCUGGAAUGGAUGAACAGGGACGGGAUGCAGCCUUACCAAGAAAAAGCAGCACUGGAGUCUUUUGAUUCGUACCCACCAGAAACAAUGUGUGACAUUUUCCGCUCUGGAAACUUCACAUCCGAGGUGAACAAGGGCGACAUGAAGCCCAGCCUGGCCAGGAAGUUGCUGCAAAGAAUGAAAAAGUGCUACGCAGGAGAGCGUGAGUUUAUAGAAGAUGUGAACCAGCUCGGCCCAUUGGCUUGUUACUAUGACGACGCUCCCGCCUCGACUCCUGAACUCAGUCAGCAAAUUCUGGCUCUGUUGGCUGAGUGCUACAACCCAUUGGCCACAGUGCAAAAGACGCUCCUUCUCAAGAAGGUGUUUUCAAACUCCAACUGGACCACGUCUGAUGUGCUGCGCUUGCUUGGUGUCAGCGUGAGCUUGUUGUCUCCCAUACAACUGGAUAACAUCUCUAGCGCUGAUCUCAAAGAGGUACUCAAAAACCUGCCGCCUGACGUCCAGUCGACGUCCACGCAGCAACGCACUCUAGUCAACAAAGUACUGGGCGACGAGAAGUGUCAGGAGGUUUCCAGCCAGCAGCUGCUCCAGCUGGCUCCAGUCAUGAAAGGAGUGCCACACUGUGCUUUGCAGCGUGUGAAAGCUUGGGAGACGCCGAAAGACGUGGAGGCCCUGAGGAACAUCUCCAGGAGGAUGAGCAGGGGUCAGCGAAAGGCCGUGCUGCAAGGGCUGCUGGAGAAGAGGAGCGCUUCGGAGCUGGUGCGCCAGCUGCCGGGGUCUCUACUGAGCAGCAUGUCUCUGAAGAACCUGGAUGAAGCAGACAUCACCUCCUUCGAACAAGUGAGGGGGGAAAACCUGAGUCGCUCACAGGCCGCUUUUCUGGUGAAAAAGCUUUUCAAGGGAAGUUAUUUGAACUUUUGGAGGACGUCCCUCCUUCAGGGUGUUACCUGCCAAAUGAUUGACAAAGUUGCUGACACAGACCUGCAAGACAUGGCUCAGGCCACAGAGAAGACACCAUGGUGGCUCUCCAAAGCGCAGGUUGGAUGUGCAGCCUGGAAAUACUUUGGAACUUUGCAGAAAGUGCAGCCAGAUUACUUCACAAUCAUCACAGAGGAGCAGCUGAAUGAUAUCCCAACAAGUCUAAUGAUCCACCUGCCGCCUCGGGAAUUGAACAAUCUGCCUGACUCUGUUUGCGAAGCCUUCCUCAACAAAACGCAAACAGCCAACCUCACCUCACUGCCUCGUCGAUCUCCGUCUCGACCCGCUCUGGUCCAGAAAGCACUGCAUUGCCUGACCAAGGAGAAGAACGCGUCAUCACUGCUGACCGUGGAGGAUGUGUCCCGGCUCGGACCACUCGUAUGUGAGCUUGAAGCCUCCACAUUGAGCCUCAUAGAGGCCGACAGCCUCAACGCCACCCUGCAGGCCAUGGCCUCCUGCCAGCACAUUCCUCUGUGGCGCAGGGAAGCACUGAUGGAGCUCGUCAGAGACAACUUUGGGGACCCAUCUGAUUGGUCACAGGAAACUAUGGAGUCUUUUGGUCCACUCUUGGAUUUGGACGAGACAGCUCUAUAUGCGCUGCCCUAUAAGCCUUGGAUGAUCGAGGUCUUCUAUUUCCUGAGGACGAGGCACCAGACAGAAGCGCUGAGGAGGAAAUUGUUCAACCUCAUCACAUACAAAAGGGAGGAGGAACGUAGAAAGAGAACAGUCAGCCGUAUGACUCGCAGUUUGAAUCGUAACAAACCAACGGUGGAUGCAAUAAACGCGCUGGCAAUGGACAAUGUCUUCUGGUCAGCUGAUCAGCUGGAUAUGAUGUCAUCAGACACUUUCCUUGUUACCAUGGAAACACUUGGCAGCGUCCCUGACUAUGACUCCGAGCAGCUGACUGUGCUCAGUAAAAAGGCAACUGAGGCCCUGGGUCCUGUGUCUCAGAUGAAUGAGAGCGUCGUGGCACAGAUGGGAUGUAUCGCUCAGGGAUUCUCUAAUUCCGACCUGGAGAAGAUGGCCUUCUCCUUGGACAUGCUGGAGGAAGUAGGGCGCUGUGGCUGGAAGAUGUCGCAGCUGAAUCCAGUGUGGAGAAGUGUGGCUAAACGCAACAACCUGGCGGCUCGGCGGCUGGACGCUUCAGACAUGGUGGCUCUGAACCGAUUCAUGUGCGGCCUGACCUCUGACGAGAUCGCCCAACUGGACCUCAGUGCUUUCAGGGACGCCGUGGGCUCCAUCAACGACAUCCGCUGCUCACUCAAAGUAGCCCAGCGGUUUAAAAAGCUGCUGGUGUCUGCGUUUGGACACCCCAGCAGCUGGACUGAGGCGUCAGUCUCCGAAGUGGGGAACAUGAUUGCUGGCUUGCAUGCACACGAGUUGCAAUCUAUGAGUGCACCUGUGUUGAUGUUUCUUAGCGAGAGCUGCAUUCCGCUCCUUCAUCCAAGUAACAUAGCUGCACUCUCUACCGACCAGCUGGAAGCUCUUGGCCCUGACAAUGCUGCCAUGGUAACCAGUGGACAGCGAGCUGCUCUUACAGAUGUGCAACUGGAAGCCCUGGAGAGGGCAGAAAUUGGGGAAGUUCAAAAUCCUGCAAGUCAGGUGCAAUCAGGAGCUCCUUCAGUGAGCACAGAGGGGAUGUCGGUCCUUGUCAAGCCCCUUCUGGCUCUCCUCGUGGGCUUCCUGCUGCUGUGAUGUCCUGCAGGGAUCACUGGGAGAACUAGCAGCCUUGGUUACAUGUGUUAAAGAACUCAAACUGACAUAAUCAUAGAAAAGCACAUUAGAACAAGGGAUGG